GUUAGUUGUACGUAGAUUAUCUAGCGGCAUGGACGGCGCUCGGCUUGUGUACACACUACUGUUUGCUUGUCUAAACUGCGCCAGGGUUCUAGCGACGUUGACAUUCACCCUUAAUGAUGGCAACCAGAUUCCAGCCGUCGCUUUAGGCACUAGCUUGGGUCACCUUUCUGAUGGUACCCGAGUCCUACCUGUGAACCAUUCCCUGGCCCGCGCGGUGCAGUGGGCGCUUGAGGCUGGCUAUAGGCACAUCGACACAGCCACGCUGUACCGAGUCGAAGAUGAAGUCGGUUUGGGAUUACAUAACUAUCUAAAGGACACACAUACCAACAGAGAGGAUAUUUACAUUACUACUAAACUAUGGAACGAUGCUCAUGAAAAGGACGAAGUAAUACCCGCAUUAAUUGCUUCAUUGGUGCAGCUGCAAUUGAACUACGUAGAUUUAUAUCUCAUGCAUUAUCCAAUGGCUUACGAGAAAGACGGAAGUAUAAGUUUAACCGAUUACUUGGAGACUUGGAAAGGAAUGGAAAAUGCUUAUAAUUUAAACCUCACUAAGUCAAUUGGUGUUUCCAACUUCAACAUAAGCCAGAUGCAACGCCUUUGGUAUAAUAGUGUUGUAAAACCAGCUGUUUUGCAAAUCGAGGUAAAUCCAACUAUAACACAAGACGAGCUGGUUGAUUGGUGUCAGAAACAUGGAGUUGUUGUGAUGGCGUACAGUCCUUUUGGUGGUAUUCUAGGACGUAAGCAAGACGCGCCGCCACCUCGCGCCGACCAUUCUAUAUUAAAAAGAAUUGCUGCUAAAUACAAUAAGACAGUACCGCAGAUCUUAUUAAGAUAUCUGUUGGAUCGCAAGAUGGUCGCCAUUCCACGUUCCACAAAUAAGGAACGAAUAAAACAAAACAUUGAUAUAUUGGAUUUCUCGCUCACGACCGACGAAGUUAAAGAAUUGUCUUCUUUUAAUAAGAAUUACAGACUCCGGACACCCGCUAAGUGGUACUCACAUCCACACUUUCCUUUUGAAAAGAAAAACCUAACUGAUGCAGAAAUUCAAUAUAUAAUUGAGCAUAGCGUUGAAGACUAAUAUAAUGUAUGGCUGCUAAAAUAUUUUUAAAAUUUUUAAACAUCCUAUAUAAGAAUUAUUAAAUACUUUAUUUCUUUGCUAAUAUGUAUUAAAGAAACUAAAAUAAUAAACGUAUAUUUUCUCACUUGAAUAGGUUUUAUAUUUCCAAACUUUGACGUUCAUAAAAGCUCAGUGGAACUUAAAAGGAAAGUUCAAGAACAUUUUCUUUGAGUUUCUAAUUCCUAGCCUUGGUAGUUGUUAAUAGUCAGGUAAGAAAGUUAAAACAAUUUUCUAUUUAAUCUGUAUAGAAAAUACUAUUAAAAAUACAUUGAAAAGGUUCUAUAAAAGAUGAUUAUGUUCAAAUUUCGGAUCUGUUCAGAUGUGCGAAGGAUUAUGUUUUGAUUGUUAUGUUACACCUUGUAAUAUUAAAUCCUUUUUGAAAGACAUAUGUAAACCUUUUUGGUAACGUUUCAUCAAAUAACCGACCACCUGCUUAAUCUUCAUAUAAAUCUUUUGUCAUUUUCUUGUAACGUUCUAAACUUAAAAUAAGUAAUUUUAUUUGUAAUUUUAUGAAAAUAUAAUAUUACAUUGUAUUUUUUUGACGCGUUCACAUUCGCUUGUUCUCUGUCAAAUGCAAGAGUUUUCUGGUCUUAAAGAAUAUAUAUCUACAUCUUCAAGGAGUUAACAGAACAUUAAUAAUUCAAGAAGUUGGAACGUAUUUGCGGUGUUACUCUUGUAUUUUAAUCUCGGAAGGCAAUCGUUGGAAUUCAAGUUUAACAAUUUACCAACAAACUUCAUCACGAGUUGACCGCACUCAACUCCAGUCACAUAAAGUUUUAUAAGUAGCUAGAUUAAUAAUUCAUGUCUGUCUUGUAAACAAUUUUAUAUUCGUGAUUAUGUCAAUGGCCACUACGCAUACUGUCGUAGGAUAAAAAAGAAAAAAAUCCGGCUGAUUGUGACAGUCAGGAAAAAUUACAAAAUGACAUCUAAUCAGCAUCGGUUCAGUCGUUUGUUACAAGUACAUCGCAGGGAUUUGAAAAAUACUAAACGUCGCCCGCGACUUCGUCCGCACGGAAUUAAGAGAAA